AUGACAUUUCCUCCUGUCUCCCAGGUGAAGGGUCCAGGGGUUGGCCUGCUCGGUUUCUCCAAAGGAGGUGAAGUGUCCCUUGCUAUGGCUGCCUUCCUGAAGAACAUCAUGGCUGUUGCUUCCCCAGUGGGAAGCAUUCCCUUUGUGGAAAGCAAUAGGAAAAUUCCCUCUGUGACUGUUACAUUGAUUCCUCUCUGCUAUGAUGGAUAAAAAACCCCAUGCUUUGACAUGCACGAACACAAAGCCAAGGCCACCAAUUCCAAACUUCUUGAUUAUUCUGAUGUCAUCGAUGAUCCCUUUCAAGCCCCUGGCAACCAAAGCCGGAUCCCACUAGAGAAAGCUGAGGCACAGUUUUUAUUUAUGGUGGGCCAAGAUGACCGUGUUGUCAAAAGUGAGUAUUAUGCCUCUGAAAUCUGCAAGCUUCUGCAGGCUCAAGGGAAGGGAAAUUUCCAGAUUCUCUCCUACCCUGGAACAGGGCACUGCAUAGACCCUCCCUUUUUCCCUUUGUACCACACAGGAAGCCACCCCGUUUUCCACAAGCGAGCAGUCCUGGGUGGGGAGCUCAGGGCUCAUUCUAAAGCUCAGGUUCAUGCUUGGUCACAGAUCCAGGCUUUUUUCAAAAAGCAUUUAAUUGUUAACUAAUGUGCAACAAAUAAUGUGCAAUUUUGAGCAACGAGAUCUGAUAAAUUCUGCUACAUUUAUCAGGUCAAACAUUGUCACAGCUGUACAACUACAGUGUCUUCCAUACCUUUGCACAUCCAUAAAACAGAAAAAUUGAUCUUUUAGUUUAAAGCUGUUACAUUGCUUAUAAAUUUUUCCUCAUUUUACAUGCCUCCUUCAGGUACUGAAAGGUGGCAAUAAGAUGUCCCUGGAGCUUUCUCUUCUUUGAGCUGAGAUGCUUCAUCAGUGUCAGGGGAUAGGCUGUGAUGAGCCUGCCCUGUCGUGGGUGCUGGCAGGGAUGCAGUAGUGGCUCCAGGCAGACUUGGCAUCUCCCAGGGCACGGCAUCUCCCAGCAUGUGUGUGCCCACACCAUUCCUGCCACAAUUCCCCCCACCCCCGCCUGUAUGUGGGAAACUGCAUGUAUAAAAGUAGCCUUGGCUUGAAUGCAGAGACAGUGUACUGAACAACUCCGGAGCCAUGUGGCAGGAGCCCCGGGACAGCCCCCGCCCAGGGACUCCCCUCCAUGGCCCCCUCCAUCCGCCUGUCGCCCGCUGCCCGCAGCCUCUUCGAUGAGCCGCUGGCCAUCGCCGUGCAGGUCAACCCUUGUCACAGCUGUACCAGUACAACUACAGUGUCUUCCAUACCUUUGCACAUCAUAACACAGAAAAUAAAGGGGGUUUGCCUUUUCUGUUUCUUUUCCCCUCUCAACCUUUUUGCUCAAGUAUCAAGAAAAGGAAUGGUGUUUUUUGCAUUAAUCUUUGAUGAAACAGGUCAUGUGCAAAAUGCACAGUUAUGUUUCUUCUAGGGUGGUUUCUAUUCCUCUAAUACUUGACAGUGCUUUCCAUGUCACUGUGGUGUCUACAUGCAUAUGCUGUCCUCAGGUCAUACUAAUGGUCUCUAAUGACAAUUU